AUGGAGGAGGACGCGGAAGGAGCCGCCCCCAGAGUUCCCCUCGCCCCCUGCCCCUCGCGCCGCGUGCUCUCCUUCCUGGGUCUGGGCGGGACGAAGGAGGAGGGGAGCGCGGAAGUAGGCGCGCCUAGUAAGAUCCGCAAGGGCCCUGCGGCGGUCCCGGCCUCGACGACGACGAGCAUCCCCCGCGCGUCCGAUCUGGAGACCCUCCUGCGCGCGAGGAAGCUGACCCUCAUCCUGGACCUGGACCACACGCUGCUCAACUCCACGGGGCUCGACGACCUCUCCCCCGCCGAGCAAGCCAACGGGCUCACGCGGCACGCCAAGGGUGACCCCACCGCCGUCCUCUUCCGGUUGGGCCUCGCCCACUUUCGCAUGCUCACCAAGCUGCGCCCGUUCGCGCGGGGCUUCCUGGAGCAAGCCAGCGCCAUGUUCGAGAUGUCCGUAUACACCCUUGGCGAUCGGGGCUACGCGAGGGCGGUCGUGAAGCUGCUGGACCCGGACGGCGCCUACUUCGGCGGCCGUGUCGUGUCCAGCGACGAGUCCACCAGGCGGGACAGGAAGAGCCUCGACGUCGUCCCGGGCGCCGAGGCCGCCGCUGUGGUGAUCCUCGACGACUCCAGCCACGUCUGGCCGGAGCACCAGGAGAACCUGAUCCUGAUGGACAGGUACCUCUACUUCGCCGAUAGCUGCCGGACGUUCGGCUACGGGGUGAGCUCCCUGGCAGAGCUGAGGCGCGACGAGCGCGAACAGGACGGCGCGCUGGCCGUGGCGCUCCAGGUCCUGACGCGCGUCCACCAGGGGUUCUUCGAUUCCGUCCUCGGCGGCCGGUGCUCCGACGUCAGGGAGGUGAUCAGGGCCGUGCGGCGCGAGGUGCUGCGCGGCUGCACGGUGGCGUUCAGCCGGGUCAUCCCUCUCGAGGACGUCGCCGGGAACCACCCCAUGUGGAAGCUAGCCGAGCAGCUGGGCGCCGUCUGCGCGGCCGACGCGGACGCCACGGUCACCCAUGUUGUCGCGCUGGAUCCAGGGACUGACAAGGCGCGGUGGGCGCGGGACAACGGCAAGUUUCUGGUCAGCCCGAAGUGGAUCAUGGCGGCAAGUUUCCGGUGGUGCCGGCCGUGCGAGCAAGAUUUCCCAGUCACCCGUGGCCAUGGACGUUGA